GUCGGCGGCGCUUUCGUUCUUAAAGUGCGAGCGGAAGGGGCCGGCGGCUGCUGCAAAAUGAGUGAAUCUCUGGUGGUUUGUGAUGUUGCUGAAGAUCUGGUGGAAAAGUUGAGAAAAUUCCGGUUUCGCAAAGAAACUAACAAUGCUGCCAUUAUAAUGAAGAUUGACAAGGAUAAGCAGCUGGUGGUACUGGAUGAGGAGCAUGAGGGCAUUUCCCCUGAUGAACUAAAAGAUGAGCUGCCUGAGAGACAACCUCGAUUCAUUGUGUAUAGUUACAAGUAUCAGCAUGAUGAUGGAAGAGUUUCUUAUCCAUUGUGCUUUAUCUUCUCCAGUCCAGUCGGAUGCAAGCCUGAACAACAGAUGAUGUACGCUGGGAGCAAGAAUAAGCUGGUACAAACAGCGGAACUCACUAAGGUAUUUGAAAUAAGAAAUACAGAAGACCUAACUGAAGAAUGGCUGCGUGAGAAACUGGGCUACUUCCAUUAAGAGAACCUCUGUAUUAAGUAUUUAUAUACCAUCCUGACAAUACUGGAACCAGACACGAAUACUUACGCCUAAAAAUGCACUAUAUUUACAGCAGUUUCCUGCAGUAUAUUUCUUGUACAAAGUUUGGGGAAGGAGAGGAAGAUUAGUCUCCGUGAAGUAAAACUUUGCAAAGUGUUUCCUUGUGUAGAACUCUAAAAGGAAGCACUUCUCUGCAGGGAUUCUCUUUGUGCACUCUUGUGACUAAUAUUUCUAUAAUUACUACAGUUCAGUUCAGAAACUGUUAACUAUUUACAAACAUUUGGAAGCUGACACUAACUUUUCAUGAGCUGCAAAUGCAUCCUUUUGACAGAUCCUGUAUACUAGCAGUUUGUAUGUUAAAAUAGCAUACGGCCACUUGUUAAAAUUGAGAAUUUUUUUUGAAUUUCCCUAAUUAAAGUCUAUGGAAGUGUUAAUAUUAAACU